CGAGACGUACGUCGCCGUUUGGCUUAUCCUUAUUCCUUAGUUUUUAAGUGGCCGAAAUAUGGUGAAGAAAACCAUCACAAUCAGAAAUAAAACCAUUUAUUGUUGGCAAGAACUUCCUCCAGAAAACAAAUAAUUCAACACUGCUUGGGAAAUAUUAAACCAAACAGAGUGUGAAAACUUCCAGAGCAACUUGGUGCGAUAGUUCCUCAAUAAUUGGACCAUCCAAAGCAAACCGAGAAUGUCGCCUGGUGGAAAAUAGUUUUAGUCCAAAGUUCACUAAAACCUGCUGAACUGUCAUAAAACUGUUACCUAGGUCACAUCGCAGUCCUGCCAACUGCCGGCAGUUCAAUCAACAAUUUUAUUAAACUUCCAUCCUACGAAAAAGCGCAAGACAAGACAAGAUAAGACACUUGUCAGCAUCACUACCGGCACUGAUAAUGCUGACAGAGCAAUUUUCAUUCCACAGCUUCUGAGGUUUUUCUCUAAUAAACUUCUUCCUAAGAGAGUAGAAAGCAAGCCCCCCUUUUAAAAAAAAAACUUAUAUCGACAACUAUGCAACUCAGGAAAACUUUCCCCAGUUAGUGCGCAACUGAAUGGAAACCGAGCCACCCGAAUUGCACAGUUGGAUUAUUUUCUUCACACUUGCGAGCUGUCGGGAAUCUGCGGGGGAAAGUUGGCGCAAAAUAAUGAACAAAAUGAGCUUAAUGCAGCAACAGAAAACUACCAACAAACAGCGAAAACUAAAACCGGUGGCAUUAUGAAAAAAAACAAAAACAAGAGGAAAGCGUCAUGAGAAACAGAGCGACUAUGAAAACAAAACACAAACACAAAUUGCUCUUUAAUCACGGAAAAGUUUCCGACUUUAAUCUAUCGUAAUAAACUCUUGCUUAUUUUAACGGGCUUGGAAAGAGGUACUGGUACUUUCAGCAAGUUAACUAAACACUAAAAAGAAGCUUAACAUAGAAAGCUAAACACUGUAAGCUAAAAGUAGAAUAGUAAGAACAGGAAAAAAACUCUUAUUUGUUUGCUUACGAAGCACAAAACAGCCACAAAAAUUACACGAACGAAAAAAAAACUACCAACUAAUAUUACACAAAAGUAAACUAACCACGAGGGGGCGGCCUUCAGAUGAACACCUGGUUGUCCUCGGAGGCAUUCGAUAGGGACAGCUGGACGCGUCCCCCCGUGGAGCCAUAGCUGGUCCCAAGGGCGCUCCCGGGACGUACCGGCAGCACGGUACGCAGGCUGUCUUUCGCAGGGGUAACGGGAAACCGGGCCGGACCGGUGUAUUUGCGGGAUAGACCCAUGGUUUUUGGUCCCGGGAGGGAUUUUGGCUGCGCCGAUGUCGAACGGUUUGGACCGGAUGAUCCGCUGGAGGAGCCACUGGAGGAGGUCGGACUGAUGGCCGUUGGUUUGUUGUAGGCUUGCAGGAUCUAAACGAGGGAGAAAUAGACAUGGACAAAUUAGUGUCAGUCGCAAAAUGUAAACAGAAAGAGCAACGAGGUUUCAGUGCACCUCCCUUAUAAAACCAUCGUCGUCAGCAAAACGCGAAACAUAACCGUGCAGUAAUCAAUUGAAACAAGCUCCAAUGAUGACGUCACCAACCGUUCGGUUGGAGGACCUUCCGAAUCUCCAACAACUACUUGAAUCCCGCUGGUCAGAAUUGCACGACGGGCAACAACAAGAAAGCGUUUUUCGCUAUCAGCUGAUAAUUGAACGAGAGCGUGUGACCGAUGGGAGAGCCGGCUUUCUCCUACAGCUUAAUCGCCAACGGACGACCGAACGCCGGAAGCCGGAUAUUUUCUCCGGCCUGCGGCCGCUAUUUGAUCCCACCCGGUUUAACUUUAACAAAGUCGAUUCGCGGGAAAUACUGCUGGAGUUCACGAUCGGCAGUACGUUGGUUUCGAUUCUUAUCAACAACAGUCCUUUAACCAGGAACCAUGUUCUAAUCGUUCCUGACCUGACGCAAAAUCAGCCGCAAGUUUUGACGGCAGAUAGUCUAACCGUGGCGGUUCAGUUGAUGCUAAAACUAGCGGAUCGUAACUAUCGGAUUCUCUACAAUAGUCCGGGAGCCUUGGCGUCGGUGAAUCAUCUGCACUUGCAUUUACUGCACAUCAGCCACAAGUUAUACGUUGAGGAUGCGUGCCUGACCGAGCUCCAAAACGGCCUCUACCGGUUGGAUAACCAACCGGCUAAGGCCUAUUGUUUCGUACUGGACCCACUCUCAUCUACUGCGACGGAAUUUGCCAACCGCGUGCACCAGCUGAUACGCAUUCUCAUCUCGAACAAUCUGGCGCACAACUUCUUCCUAACAUGGAACCACAACCGGUCCAAUCUGUGUGCCUUCGUCUAUCCCCGGCUGGUGGCAUGCGAAAACAAACAGAUAGCACCGUUCAAUGUGGCCGCCUGUGAGCUGAGCGGAUUCGUCCCGCUCGGGCUGGAGUCCGAUUACGAGCGUUUGGACGAGCAACAGUUGGAAGCGUACUUCCAGCAGGCUCAGGGUGAGCAUCUGUACGCUACCGUGGAUGGGCUGGUAGCGAGAGGAAGAUGAGCAGGGAUUAACGAUUUUAUCGAGCGCGAAGCCACAGGCAGGACGAAAGAAAAAAAAACCUGGUACACGAAUGGGGGUUGAUGAAUAAAUUAUUAUUGGUGUAGGGCUUGAUAAAUGGAUUUUCACGUUCCAUUGGCCGACCGAUCCCUCUCCGGGCUCUGAUAGAGAGACUAUUGAAUAGCUGUAAUCCGAAUUUUUAUGUUUGCCAUUUAAUGCCGGUGCUGAUGAAUUGUAACCGUUAGAAUGCGAUUAAAUGAUAUACGAAA